AUAUUAAAAAGUACUCGUACAAUGUAAGUUCUUUUUUAAUUUUUUAAAUUCAAUUCAAUGAAUAAAAUUGAAUACCUAUAUUUUUUUUUUAUAUAUAUUGAUAGACGUAUUACUUAUACACCAACUACAUAUACCCUGACUUUAUCUAUUAUUUUACUUUCUCUUCAUAUACUGGUGACACAUCCUCCACCUUGGGCACAUACCUUUCCUCCUGUAUUUGUGUUUUUUCAUUUUGCUUUUCACAUUACUCAUCUUGUAGCUCACUUGUUUGGAUUCUUGACAUUAGAACGACAUUGUGUUGUAUAUGGUACUUGGCUAUUUUGGACUGGUUGGUUAUUAGGUGUAUUUGUAUUUAGUCAACGUCUUGUUAUUGAUUUAUCUCAUCCAACUACAACUUUAUUUUGGCUUUUGAUGGUGGAACGAAGGAAUGCUUGGGGUAUACUUGUUUGGGAAUAUGUGGGGCGAUUAGAUCAAAAUUUGAUUCCGCAGGCCGGUGUAUUAAGAUGGUGGCAAGUAGGUAGUAUUCGAUUAUUAGCUUUUCGAAUUUGGUGUCUCUUAGGAACUGGUAGUUUUUGGGGAUUACUUUAUAUUACUUUGGCCAAACAUGAUGGUUAUUCUCUACUCUAUUUAUUACAAUUUCGUCAUAUUUUACAAUUAUUAUUGGUUAGUGCUGCUGGUGGUUUAAUGAUGAUUAUCUUUUGGAGUUUUUGGACUUUCCAAUAUCGUGGUAUUCUCUGGCAAAAAGAAUUACGGAAAGGUGUUGUCGUUUGGUAUAGUGAAGGUCUUGCAUUGGCUGGCGACGUUGAAUGAUAUUUAUAUAUAUAUUAGUUUAGAUAUCUUCUUUUUUUUUAAAAAAAAAAUAUUGUAUAUAGAAAUAAUAAUAAUCAUAAUAAAAAAAAA